GGGAUAUAGCACGGGACUACACCCAAGCGCUGUCUCAGUUCGUCGGCUUUCUUUCCUGCCCGAGCUGAGAUUUCAUACAAGCCAACGAGCCGGACAGCACAGGAGACGCCAAAACCCUCAAUCCGCACAACCCUCGCCAGACCUUUAGCAUUUGUAGCGUUAAAUCCACUCCAGUGGGUGCAGUACGUCCUAUAUAUCCUUUCAAAUUACAGAAAAAUGUCUUGGCAAAGCUACGUGGAUAACCUGAUGGCCGAUGGCAGCUGCCAGGAUGCCGCCAUUGUUGGCUACUCGGACGCCAAAUACGUUUGGGCAUCAUCAGAGGGUGGUACUUUUAGCGGUAUAACGCCUGAUGAAAUCGAUGUCAUUAUUGGCAAAGACCGAGAGGGCUUCUUCACCAGUGGGCUGACUUUAGGGAAAAAGAAGUGCUCUGUGAUCAGAGACAGCCUUCAUGUGGAAGGGGACUGGACAAUGGACAUCAGGACAAAGAGUCAUAAUGGAGAGCCAACAUACAAUGUUUCCAUAGGCAGAGCUGGCAAAGUCUUGGUUCUUGUAAUGGGCAAAGAAGGGGUCCAUGGAGGCGGAUUGAAUAAGAAGGCAUACUCAAUGGCAAAAUACUUGAGGGAUUCAGGGUUCUAAUGUAAUUAAGCUUGUUUAGUUUCACUUGAGGGACAGAAAGAAGAAAGAAGUUUGCUGUUAAGCUUUCUCCUUCAAGCAGUUAAUGUCUUGAAAAAAUUUAAUAGCAAUCAUGGGAAGAAUGGUGAUAAUAUCCUAUAAUGUCCCCGUGUCAUCGGGGGGAAAGACUUUUUUUCUUUCUUUUCUUUUUUUUUUUUUUUUUUUUUUUUCUUUUCGGUUUUGUUCAUU